AAAGCAACCUCUCAUUUCCUCAAUUACUCCUCAAUCUUCAUCAAUCUCACAAAAUUUUCGGCGUUUUCCUCCCUUCAUCAGUUUCAGUCAGAAGAAAUGUCUGCUGCUAUGGAGGAUUCUGCUGCGAAAGACCAAGCAGGAAGAUCGGCCUCGAGGCUUCUCCGGUAUCCGCUCCGAUCUGCUACGAGAAUUAAGGAGGUGAAACCGCCGCUCGCUGACUCCACGAACUCCCACUCUGCCACUAAAAGUGGAAGGCUUGCCUCAAGUGUGACUAAGAGUGUGAGUGUUCUCAAUCUCUCCGGCAAGGAGAAGUCUGCCAGGCCUCCUAGACGCCUCUCCGUUCCUUCCAAGUCCAAUGCCAGCUCUGCUUCCAAGUCUUUCGGCAACAUCACGCCCAUUUCUGAGGCUAGAUCAAAGAGGACUGGGGCCAACCAAGAACCGAGCGACACACCUCUAUCCGAUGUAUCAAAAUCAUCCAAUCGGAAGAAAUUCAACGUGCUAGCGUCAGCAUCUUACUGGCUGACUCAAAUUAAGCACUCUGAAUCUGCUGGAAAGCACUCCAUCUCUCUUGGCUUCUUCAAGCUUGCUCUGGAGGCUGGAUGUGAGCCUAUGCAGAAGAUGAGUGAUGAGCUGAAGGCAUAUGUGCGCAAUCACGAACUCUCUGGACUGGGAGAAUCUGUCAAAGAACUAUUUGAGGGCUACAAGAUUUCAGAAAACUAUGAGCCCUCGGAUGCAUCUCUAACCACCUCUCAAGUAGCUGCAGAACCUAAUCAGUCGUGUGAAGAUGAUGCUCGUAGUUCCUCAUCUUCUAUUACGGAUGCUGAGAAGGUGAAGCCAAAGUCACUGGACAUAGCUUCUGAAGAGAGUGAGCAAGCGAAGCAAACCAACAAUGAAGUUACUCAGAAGGAUGAGUCUGUGAAGAAGACCAGAAGAUCAGUGGCGAAGAUUCCUGCAAGCUCGAAGUCUGUUUCUGAAGCCAGGAGACGUAGCAUUCAAAGGAAACCUUCUAAACCAGUGAAGCAAGAACCUGCCAAAGUUGAUGACAAGGUGAAGAAGCAGGGCAAGAAGCCUGCACAAGUUGUGGAGCCAGUAGACUCUCAGCCAGAGGCUCUUCAAGAAGACAAAGAAAACAUGGCUGAAUCACAGACAGAGGAGGUGGCUUCAGCAGUUUAGAGAAUAUACUAUUUCUCAGCAAUGGCUGAGUGUGGUUUGGAUUUUGAAAUUUAGAAGUUUAUAUUCCUAAUGUAUAUUGCUACAGAAUUGGUAUGGUGGGCAUUGAUGAAAAUCUGGUGUGGUGUGUGAAAUUUGUAAUUUUUGUACCCUUGCUGCUCUGGAUUGCCUGUCUUUCUAUAACAUAAAUUUUUUUCUACA